AUCGCCCCAGUGCAGUGCGUGGAGCUUUAAUUGUCGGUUGUGUACUCGGGAGCUCAGACUUAAUAGAUUUACUAAACGUUUCUUUAAGAUUGCUGGAAAAACUUGUUGCGAAUUAGUGCAGUUGUAAAUAAGUCGUGUGCCUUGACGCAUCAAAGUCCAGUGUAUACUCAAACGACUAAUCACAGAGUGGAGGAUCCAGUAACAUCGACAUCCCCAAGAUGGUGUUGACCGAGGUCCUCUUCCUGGUGGUCGCCGUACUGGUGGCGCUCUACACGUGGUUCCAGCGCAACCACAGCUACUGGCAGCGCAAGGGCAUACCCUUUGUCCCACCCACACCGAUCAUUGGAAACACGAAGGUGGUGUUCAAGAUGGAGAACUCCUUUGGCAUGCACCUCUCGGAGAUAUACAACGAUCCUCGGCUGACGGACGAGGCUGUGGUGGGGAUCUACUCCAUGAACAAACCCGGCUUGAUUAUUCGCGACACAGAGCUGAUCAAAUCCAUUUUGAUCAAGGACUUCAAUCGUUUCCACAACCGCUACGCCCGCUGCGAUCCCCACCGUGAUCCCUUGGGCUAUAACAACUUAUUCUUCGUGCGGGAUGCCCAUUGGAAGGACAUUCGCACCAAGCUCACCCCCGUUUUCACCAGCGGAAAGGUUAAGCAGAUGUACACCUUGAUGCAAGAGAUUGGAAAAGAUUUGGAGUUGGCACUGAAGAGACAUGAAGAGAAGAGCUCAGGGAAAUUCAUAACGGAAAUCAAGGAGAUCUGCGCCCAGUUCUCCACGGACAGCAUUGCCACCAUUGCAUUCGGAAUCCGUGCCAACAGCCUGGAAAAUCCCAACGCAGAGUUCCGUAACUACGGACGCAAGUUGUUUACCUUUAACAUAUCCCGUGCCAAGGACUUCUUUGUGGCCUUCUUCCUGCCCAAGCUGGUGUCGCUGCUGCGCAUCCAGUUCCUCACGCCGGACUUUUCCCACUUCCUGCGAAGCACCAUUGGUCACGUCAUGAAGGAGCGGGAGCAAUCAGGAUUGCUUCGCAACGAUCUCAUAGAUGUUUUGGUGGCUCUGCGAAAGGAGGCGGCUGCCGAGCCCUCGAAACCUCACUAUGCCAGGAACCAGGACUUCCUGGUGGCCCAGGCCGGAGUAUUCUUCACGGCGGGAUUUGAGACCUCCUCCUCGACAAUGUCCUUUGCUCUGUACGAGCUGGCCAAGCAUCCAAAAAUGCAGCAUCGCCUGCGCGAGGAGAUCAACGAAGCUCUGCUGGAGGGCGGUGGGUCAUUGACCUACGAGAAGAUCCAGUCCCUGGAGUACUUGGCCAUGGUGGUGGACGAGGUGCUGCGCAUGUAUCCGGUGCUGCCGUUCCUGGACCGCGAGUACGAGAGUGUGCAGGGACAGCCGGAUUUGAGCCUGAAGCCGUACUACGACUAUACCCUUGAGAACGGAACCCCAGUGUUUAUACCCAUCUAUGCCUUACAUCAUGAUCCAAAGUACUGGACCAAUCCCAGACAGUUCGAUCCGGAGCGCUUCUCUCCCGAGAACCGCAAGUCCAUAGUGGCCAUGGCAUACCAACCCUUCGGUUCCGGACCCCACAACUGCAUUGGCAGCCGGAUUGGCCUGCUCCAGAGCAAACUGGGACUGGUCAGCGUGUUGAAGAAUCACUCGGUGCGGGACUGCGAGGCCACCAUAAAGCAAAUGAAAUUCGAUCCCAAGGGUUUCGUGCUCCAAGCUGACGGCGGAAUCCACCUGGAGGUGGUCAACGAUCGUCUCUACGAGGAGAGCGCCCAAUCGGUCCAAUGAAUCUCACGAAUCCCACGAACUGUGAUCUAUAGUGUGAUUAAUUGACGGGAUAAUCGCCUUCUGACAGCUGGCACAUUAUACAAUAGGCCGUGUCAGAAGCGGCGCCCAGUCUACUAAAUAAAAACAGAAUCAUUAUCAAAUUA